AUGCCGAAAGCAGGCUACACAGUUCAUCCUCAAAAGAAGACAAAAGUGUUUCAGUUGUUUGGAAACGUUAAGUAUCCUCACGGGUAUGCAGGGAAUAUCGCUCGAUGUAUUAAGAUGGGGGAAAAUAAGAUUAGUGGGUUGAAGACUCAUGACUGUCAUGUUUUGCUGCAACGUCUUCUUCCCGUGGUCAUUAGACCGUAUUUGCAGAGUGAUGUGGUUGACACGUUAGUGGCUUUGUCAAAUUUCUUUCAGAGGAUAUGCGCUAAAGAGCUUAAAAAGUCUGAUGUUCGGUCAUUGCAAGAAGACAUUGUGUACAUCAUGUGCAAGCUGGAGAUGAUUUUUCCCCCCACUUUCUUUGACAUCAUGAUCCACCUUCCCGAACAAGUGUUGCUUACUGGUCCGGUACAGUAUACCUGGUGCUAUCCAAAUGAGAGCGCAUAUCUCAAUGAUGAAGACACAGUGGGGGAAUCAUCUGGAGUGGGUAGUAGCCGGCAAUUCAAUCUAUCAGUUGUUUCCAACGAUGUUGAACCGUACGGCAGGUUAAGUAAUUCUGAAAGAAUAAGUAAUGAUGAGAUCAAAGAGGCUCAUUGGUGUGUCCUUCAACAUUGCGAAGAAGCCGAGCGAUACUUCAAGUCCCAUUUGGAAAGGCAGUAUGGUAACGAAGUCAUACACAAGAGAGAUUUUCCUGAUUACUUCCCUAUUUGGAUGAUGCAAAUUCAACAGGAGUUUCCUGCUUCUUACGACCUGGAGUUGCACUUAUUGGCUGGAGGACCCCCAAAGCCACAGAAACGAGAUGAAGGCCAUGUCACCCAAAACAAUGGAGUCAUGGUUGAGGGUCUGGGUUACAACUACUACGGGGUUCUUAUCAGUGUCAUCAAACUAAUCUACGGCAACCGUAUGCCAGUCGUGUUGUUCAAGUGCAAAUGGUUCAAUACUGACUCAACUAGACAGAGGAGUACAAUUCUGGAUCGUGGCAUGUUAUCAGUGGACUCAAACAGUGUAUGGUAUGAGAAUGAGCAGUUUAUUCUUGCCACCAUGACGCAACAAGUGUUUUAUCUUGAUGAUCCGGCUAUGGGUGAGGGUUGGAAAGUGGUGCAGGUGAUGUCACAUAGGAAUAUUUGGAGUGUAGCUACACUGGGAGGGGAGGAUGAUGAGAGUGGGCCUAGUGAACCAAUAACAACUGAUCAACCGAAUGAACCAUAUCAAGAGGAUUCUCCACAUGUAGUCCCUGAUACUGAGGAUAUUCGUGUCAACAACUAA